UUUCAUAGGCAAAUUCCUGCCACAGAUUUGACUCGCCUUAAAUCACAAUUUUUCAGCAGAAUUAAUGAUGAGAUCACCUAGUAAAGACUACUUUAUGGAUGCAGCGCAAUCUUCAUCUUCAAAAGAUGGAUUAUGGGAUUAUGGCAGAAAUGCUUUUGUCACCAGCCAACCAAACACAGACUCCUCCUCAUUUUCCAUAAAUGAAAGAGUUUUCCAUGGAACUGAGGCAAACCCUGUUCAACCUGUAAACCAAACAGGGGAAAGUACAAGCUUAAAUAGCACAGCUGAAAUACGUUCCAAGUCACCAUGCAAGAAACAAACAGCAAGGAAAUCGGUUGGCAGAGGAAUCUCCAAUAAUCCUGGAAAUUUGGAAGAGCCGAAUGCAGAAAUCAAACUUGAACCAAACUUUGAUGAUGAUUCUGCCAACAUAUCGGCAAAGGUACUUCAUUUUUUCUGUCAGAAAUGCAAAAACGGCAUUCGAUACAGCCCCAAUGAUCUUCAAAAACACUUUCUAAUAUGUCACAAUGGAGAAUUACCCCUCUAUCCCUGUGAAAUGUGUAAUUUCUCUGCUAGUGAUUUUCAGGAAUUUAAGCAACAUCGAAAAACUCAUAGGAGUGCACUGGUUAAAUGUGAGAUCUGUAACAAUGACUAUUUAUACACCUUGUUGGGCUUAACAAAGCAUUUCUCAAUUGCGCACUGUGUCAAUGGCCACUUCAGCUGCUCAAAGUGCAGAUUUACCACCAGGGAUGUUGGGACUUUUGUUCAGCACAUUCAUAGGCACAAUGGAAUAGAGUAUGCUUGUCAAAAGUGCAACCAUAUUAGUUACUCCAAAGCUGAGUUUCAGAGACAUCUUCAGGGACACAGUACAAUGUUGCCAUUUAGCUGCCAGUAUUGCAACUACAGUGCAACACGAAAGGAUUUUAUUGUGAAACACAUUUUAGCCAAACAUGCAGAGCAUGUUAACACACGAGAUGAACAUAUUGUAGACAGCGCUAAUACACAAUUGGCACAAACAAAUGCUGGACUGAAGCUUGCCUUAAAAAAACCCGCUACAGAUACUCAAGAUAAAUCAUUGUGGAGACAAGAAGGCACAGAACAAGCCGGAGAAAGCAUUGAAAGGUCUAAUAGUUUCCAGUUUAAAUCUGCAGAUAAAGAACAGGCUCUGAAAGACUUUUGGGUUAAUGUUAACUCUGAACAGACUUUAAAUGACGGAAUUACAUCUGUAACUACAGUAAAUUGCAACAAAGAGGAAUCAAACACGCAAGGUAACUUGGGACUCCUGCAAAAUGUAGUUCAUGGGCCAACUGUGCUAAUGGUAAAAAACAACAAAAUCACCGUUCCAGCAAAUUACAGUGCAACAUUUGUGGGUUACAAAAUGGUCAAUGGAAAGCAAAACCUAGUUAUCAAGUUAUUACCAUCAAAUAAGCAACCCACUAGUACUUCACAACCAUCUCAACCAUCACCUCAAUCAUCAAACAACUUGCCUCGCUUUACUCACAGCACUAACCAUGGACCAUAUGGAGCAUCAAACAGUAUGACUGAUAAUCGUUUGACUCCAUCAUUUAAACCUCCUUCAAUGCAGAACUCAGUGGCUGGAUCUCCAGUGGAGAAGCAGCCUACAUCUUUGCAGGCUACAGCAGCAGCACUUGGCUCACUGAUUGCAAGAAAAAAUGAAUCUGCUUCCAGGCUGGGAACACUUAACAGACCACCCUCUUUUGAACCUUCACACAAAAAUGUGCAUAGUUUUAAUGCACCAACAUCAUCAGCGUCCGCUAUAGGCAGGAAGAUCAAAGAAGAACCUGAGGAAUACAAUAUAAAUGAACAACAGUUUUUUGACAAUGACCAUAACUAUGAAAAAUCGAAGGAUCGAAUGCAUCCUUCUACUGGAUCAAGUCGAUUUAUUGAUCCAACUACUGGAUUCUUGUAUAGACCUCACAAUAGCAGCGAAAGCAGCGGAAGGACAUCCUCUGCAAGCUUGUAUUCUAAGGACCUAAACAGUUCACUUUUACAUGCAUCCACAGCAAGCGGUCUUGGGAAUUUUGGUUAUUCCACCUUUCCACUUAAAAAUGCCUUUGGAAUGAGAGGUGUCCAUUAUAAUGACCGAUUCCCAAGACCAGCAGAAAUGAACAAAGGUAACAAUGCACCCUUCAUGCCGAGGAUUACGUCUGUAUUUUCUUUACAAAGCCGCAUGCCUGAUCCGAAACCUUUUGGGAAAAACACUUACUUGCAUAACAUAUUGCAAGAUAACAAAAGAGUAAAUGACAAAGUCGGCCUAACAAAAACAUCUGGUCCGCUUGCUAACAACAAUCCAUCUGCUUUUGCAAAGCAGCCUUUGUCCAGCCCCGUUCCAAGAUUUGACAGUCGAAUACCUAAUGGUAAUGUUCCUUCAUCUGUGUUCUUGAAGCAGGAACCAGAUUCUUCAGGAUCUGGUAUUAAACCUUCUUUCCCUGCAAGAGUAAAUGAUCUCCUGAAAACACACUCUGAUUCCAUAGUUAAUCAACAGCUAACAAAAGACAGAAUCAACAAUCUAACAAAACCUUCUGGACCAGCUGCUUUUCAUUUCCUUCGCACGCCACACAUCUCUGGCAUGCCACAAGGCAAUACCGUUCUUUAUCCAUCAGGUUCUAACAGGUUUACACUGCCAGUUUUACCUAAUAAUCAACCUGGUAUAAGAAUAACAUCCCAGGCAAGUGCUUCUAAUACAGCGACAUUCUCGACUCCCAACCGAAUGAAUACACCGGUUAUGCUUAAUACAAAACCUGGCAUGGUGUUAACUAUUGCCAAUGGCCCAUUUGGUACCAUAAGGAAUGUGACGAAUGUGAACAAUGGUACCUCUCAGGUAAUGAGUACAGUGAACAGUUUAGGAAAAAUGGCACUUCCUAGAUUACAACGUCCUCCUGUACCUCAUAUUUUAAAGUCAGACUUGGGUACUUCUCCAAGUCUUUCAGCCAACUUAAUUUCUGGUUCUUCUGUAGGAAGCAAACUUCCAAUUAAUCUGAAUGUUCUCCAGUAUUGUAUCAACUCAGAUGGCGCAAGAGGAACAACUGGAAGUAUGGAGGGUAAUAAACAGCCACAAUCCAUGCAGAAACAGCCAUUGUAUGCCCUUUUGCCUGAUGGAAAACAAGCGGUCCUGCUAAAUUAUGUUUUGCCAAAUAGUGCUUCAAGUGCAAACACACAGAAAACUGUCCAGGUAAACCAGGUCAGUCGAGCACUCUUACCAAAGAAACCUGAGGAGGUUCAGCAAGCCACAAUGUCGGCAUCUUCAGUUAAAGAGGAGGACACUAGUGCAUUCGAUGGUUAUGGUGGAAAGGUGCCUGUAAAUAGAGUCAGCAAUGCUGUUUGUUUGCAGAGUAAGCCAGCAGAACAAAAACAUUGUCCAAGGUCCAACUCCAGUUCUGCUUCAAUGGAAGAACAUUUGUCUCCUUCAAGUGAUGACAGAUCUGUCUCUCAACCUUCUAUGUCUACUUCAAAGGGGCCUAAAUCAAAAACCAAGCAAAAUAAUUUGAAUACAUCAUCAAGUUCUAAGAACAGAUCUUGCAAACGAAAAUUAUCAGACGCUAGCAGUUAUGAAGCUGACUUUGAAUUUAGGACAAAAAAGAGAGUUCGUGAUUACAUGAAUGAGGUGCCACGAAAGCAAAUGUUACACAGGAAGUGCAAGGCAAAGUCAUACACAAGCGAAGUAGAAAGUCCUCCAGAGAUGCCUUCACCAAUGCCAACACCACCACCAUCUCCACCACCAGAACCUACUAAGGAUGUAGUAAGAACACUAAGAUUGUUUCCUUACAAUGCUAACCAACUUGUAAAGUAUCCCCGAAGGGAUCAGCCUGUUGUUGUGUUAAAUCAUCCAGAUGCUGAUGUUCCCGAAGUAAUCAAUGUUAUGAGAACCAUCUCAAAAUUUAAUGGUCAUGUUCUAAAGGUUUCUUUGUCUAAACGAACACUUGAAGCUCUUCUAGAGUCAAGUCUACUAAGUUCAAGUGAUGGAAGGAGCCGCCAUUCAAAGCCUGUGAGCCCUGUAAAAGAACGAUUUGUCCUUAAACUAACCUUAAAGAAAACUAGCAAAAACAAUUACAAAAUUGUCAAAAAUACACCUACCGAUAGGCUUCAGGCUAAAUUUAACUGUUGGUUUUGUGGUCGGGUUUUUGACAAUCAGGAUGAGUGGGUAGGACACGGCCAAAGACAUCUCAUGGAAGCUACAAAAGAUUGGAACACGUUGUUUUAACAGUUGUUUCUAAACAGUUUUACUGUUGCUUGUAAGAUUGCUGUUCAUAUUUCCAUUUUCCUUACCAGCAUUAAUUUCAUUAAGUGUUUCUCUUUCACCAUUUUUUCAACUACAAUCCAGUCCAGUAUUUUGACAUAAAAGACUUGCUAUUGCUAUUCGGGUUUUCAUUCAUACUUUUUCCUUUUUUUGUAUUUUUUUUUUCUUACGGAAAAUGAUGUUAUCUUUGUGAGUAUUAAAAAUUAUCAAAGUUUUUUUUUUUUUUUUUUAGUGUUUAAAUUACUGAAAGUGAUAUUGGGAAUUAAGUGAUUAAAAACAAAAAAAAUCCAUCAGUGCAAGGUUUGUUGAACUACAGUGAAAGAAUUGUUUACAAAGCCAUGUAUAAAUGUGUGAAUUCUGCAAUUGUUGUUAGUAUACAGGUGUGUACUUUGUAUAUUCUUACAGCAUUGACUCAUACUUUAAUGUACACAUCGUUUUCAAUUGCCAGAAAAAAAUGUAUAAUAGUACUACCUGGUCAGAAAGCCUUGAAAACACCUACUUUUUCAUCUGUCAAAUUUUUUAUACAAAACUUCGUAAAACACAGUUAACUUUUUUUUGUCAAAUGUAAAUAA